ACUCCGAAUCUAGUCUGAAUACUCAGAAUAAAUGAUCUAAUCUUUGUGAUUUAAAACGAAAAACAAUUGCGUUUUGUGUUUUGACAGACGGUCAACAUCCAUGAUCAAUUUACCAGAGAACGUCCAUCGACAAAGCAUGUCUAAGUUUGUCUAAGAACUAUUUUAAACACCUCGCCUUUGUGACUUGUCUGUUCUGAGACAUUGGCCACCUACGCAGAAUUUGCAUACUGACUGACUUUCGCAAAACCAGGAAGCACAUUGAUGACAGUCAUUGUAGGAAACAGGGGAUUUCCACACUUUAGGAGAGGAAACGCGUUUAAAGUUAUUUUAGCGUCGCAGUAAACAAACAAAGGAGCGUAAUAUUAAUUUCUUAAGUUUUUUGUGGUAUAUAACACUUUAUUAGUAGUUGCGCCAAGUGACGUUUUUUUUUUUUUUUUUAAUAUUCAGAAUACGUAACAUAUGUAUGUUUCUGGAACACGACGUCAGUAUCUGUUUUUCGGAUUUGGAUAGAAACUACAAACGUGAGAUAAGGAACGCCAGCCAAGAAAUGCCGAUAAAUCUAAUGACACGGCGAGAAUCUAUCAGGAUGUAAUAUCUUAAACACUUUCAAAUUCAGACGCUGCUAUCUUUGGUAACUGGGACUAUUUCUUGGAUUAUUGUGGCGUUCUCUUGAACAAAAAAUGUCUAAAUUAUUCCUGGAUCAUUUUGUGUGGGUUUCAGUCUUCGGAUUUGUUGCUCUGUCCUCAUGUAUUCGGAUUAUUGAAUCGCCACCAAUGAACUGCACUCAAAAGGAACUCAACUGUACUGCCAAGAUAAGUGACUGUCUGGAUGAGAGCUGGAUCAGGGAGCAGAGAUGGACCCCGUCGGCUCCCUUUGGGGAGAUCGAGGUGACGGGGGAGGUGAGGGAGGACGAGCACGGAGACCAGGUGCCAGUCAUGCUAAUCAAGUGGAGAGCAGCUCAAGAUGCAAGCAUCCAGUACCUGAAAGGAACAGUCGUCCACGUGCUGAAACUGUCCAACAACGAAAAACUGUGUGUCCAGUAUGAGUUCCAAAACAAAAUCAAGAAACAGAACAACGCGUACGGGGCACCGUCAAAGAGGGGUACCGAAUGCAGAGAUGUCCGCAUCAAAAGGACCAAACUGUGCCAGCUGAGAGGAAGCCUGUGGGAGCCCAACAUUGCUUUCUUCACUGACGGGUUGGAAGCCACAGUGCAGUUGGACACUGGCGAUCACUCCGAGCGAUACAAGGUGUUCCUGGAGAGCUAUGAGUCAGCUAUCUGCAACACGGACAGGCAGGAGAUUACCAAGGAGAGUCGACAGACCAUAAACGCAACAUUCUCACUUAAGGACUGGAGAGCGACGUGUUGUCGAUUUAAUGUGACGAUUCAGCCCUAUUUUGUGGGAUGCGGCAAUGACUGUGUUCGACAGAAGAAAGUGUUCAAUACCUGUAAAGUAAUCGUCUCUGCACUGGAACCAGGUUCCCCAGACCCAUCGGACCCCCCGCAGAAGCUGUACUACCUCAUUCCUAUACUGGGAUUACUGGGAGCCGGCUUUGUGGGCUGCUGUGUCAUUACCUGGAAGAGCAACAAGACUGCAGAACCGGAAAAUAGGAAGUCUGAAGCAGACACCAAUCCCUUGACAACCCCCCUCCUAGACAGCAGGGAGAGCCCCCAGAAGAGGAAGGUGCUGAUUCUGUACUCUCUGGACCACCCGCUCUACAGGGAUGUGGUACUGAAGUUCAGCGCCUUCCUGCAGGCUGAGUGCGGCGCCAGCGUGCUGCUCGACCUGCUGGACACUCAGCGUAUGGGGGAGCUGGGGCACCUAGCCUGGCUGACAGGGAGGAAGCAGGAGAUCGAGGAAGACUCCUCCAACAAGAUCCUGCUCCUCUGCUCGCGGGGUGUCCGUGCCAAGUGGCAGGCCAUGCUGGGGGGGGAGGGGGUGCUGCUGAAGCAGGACGUGCUCUCGCCCAUGGGAGACAUGUUCACCCCUGCCCUGAACCUCCUCCUCCCGGACAUCAAGCUGCCAGCCUCCUUCGGGAAGUACGUGGUUGCGUAUUUCGAGGGGGUGAGCUGCGAGCAGGACGUGCCCGAGCCCUUCCACAUCGCCGUAAAGUACAAGCUGAUGAAGCACUUCGAGGAGAUCUACUUCCGGCUCCGUGGUGAGGAGAAGCAUGAGCCGGGCCGGGUCAAGCGGGUCCCAGGGAUCUCUGAGGACGAGUACUUCCACAAGCCCAGUGGUCAGGCACUGCGCCACGCCAUCGAGGCCUUCCAGGCGCACCAAGCUGCUCAUCCAGACUGGUUUCAACGUGAGUGCCUGCAGAGCGAGGAGGAGGCCUUUGUGGGCGCUGUGGAGGAGGAGAGCAUCCCGGGGCAGUUUCAUGAGACCUGCAUGAACCAGGUCAUGCUACAGUACGAGAAGACAACUCCACCCUGCAUCCUCAACGAGGUCAUCUUCUCCCAGCCUACAGCGGGGGUGCUGGCUCUGAGCCCCAUGCUCGGGGAGGCUAAGCACGGAGUCCUGUCCCAAGCAGUUCUCCACCACUCCAGCCCAGAGCUUUGCCAGGUCUUCACCUCGCAGCCGGUCCUCCAGGAUGCCAGGGGGAGCUCUUGCACCCAGGAGCUGGUUUGUCGUUCUGCUCUGGAGGAGGGCAGCUGUCUGAGAGCCGAGCUAUCGGUGCAGACGCAAGCACUGCUGGAGAGAAACGAGCCGAGUGUGCUUGGGGAGGAGCUUGGGGGGGAGGGGGAGGGGGAGAGGGAGAGGCAUGAGGAGGAACUUGGGGAAGUCCAGCUCAAGCCCCCCAGCCACCUCUCCCCUGAGAUGUGGCACAGCCUCCUGGCUCUUCAGCAGUCCCAUAGUGCCCUCCCUGGCCCUUUUCUGCUCUCUGAGCCGGACCAGCGGGGGCACAGUGACGAGAGGCAGUUGGGCGAGUCGGACCAGGGCUACAUCUCGAGGAGCUCCCUGGGGCCGGACCCCCAGAGUGAUCCCAUGGCCGAAGUGAGGAGACUGCAGCAGGAGUGUUUAAUGGACAGUCUGCAGUCACCAGGGCUGGCAGCCUUGGCACUGCCAGCAAGCUGAACACAGUGACUCUGGCCUCCUACCAAGUGCUUCAGUUAUACAUACAAAGCCUAGGGGCUCGAGCCACCUCUGGCAAUACCAGAUCGUUUUCAUGGAUGACCACUGGGGGGCCACGUGUCAGUGUAAACUGUGUUAAUACGGUAAAGGGACCUUGGUUUGAAAUGCUUGCUUUUGAAGCACAGGUUUCUGUAACUUACUACAGCUGCAUUCAAAAGUUUAGCAUUACUCUACAAAAUGAACUAAUUUUGCUUCAUGAAGUCGAGUGAAACCUGA